UCGUGUUAUCUUUAUUUAAAAUAGUAUCACAAUGAUGUGUACAAUAUCUAAAGUAAAAACUUCAUUACCCAGAAAUCCUUUGUCGGGCACCAUUUUUUACGUCACGCUCAGCUGAUACCAGUCACAUGACAGACAGGCAGAGCUUGUUCGUGUAGCCGGAAAGAAACAUAUUUAUCUUUUAUCCCCUUUGCAAAAUGUCUUUGUCCACACCGGAAUCUUCUUGAUCAACAUUUCUUUUACAUUAUGAUAUAACAUCAUCGCACCCAACUAGUCGUCUCAGGUUGUCAUCGAACUAAAAACUAAACGUCAAAAUGAGUCCAGAAGGAAAAGCCCUGCUCAACAUUAUUAUCCUGGGCGUGGGAUUCAUGGUUAUGUUCACUGCUUUUGGGACAUGCGGAAAUAUUGAACAAACUGUGAUAAAGAGUUUUAAUAGUACUGAGUUUCAUGGAAGUGGCUACACAAGCAUGGCGAUUAUCUAUGCAGUUUUCGCCGCCUCAAACCUUAUUGCGCCCUCAGUGAUAGCUGUGAUUGGACCACUGUUAUCUUUGUUCUUUGGGGGAAUUGUUUACAGUGCAUAUAUUGCUGUGUUCAUUCAUCCCUACACGUGGUCAUUCUACACUUUAUCAGUUUUACUUGGGAUAGCCGCUGCAGUACUGUGGACGGCUCAGGGGAACCUGCUUACCAUCAACUCUAAGGAUUCCACAAUUGGGAGAAACAGUGGAAUAUUUUGGGCGUUGAUGCAGUUUAGUUUAUUCUUUGGCAAUCUGUAUAUAUAUUUUGCCUGGCAUGGAAAGACUCACAUAACAGACAAGGACCGUCAAACUGUCUUCAUCACACUCACGGUCAUCAGCCUGGUCGGCAGCUUCCUGUUUUUCCUCAUCCAGCGGCCAGAUCCAGAACCAGCACCUUCUGAUGCCUCUGAGUCACUUCUACCAGCAGACAUCUCAGAUAGUAGCUCUGUGAGUACAUCUCCGGGUCUGGGCUCUCAAGCACUGGAUGCAUUUAAGAAAUCCAUACAACUAGCCAUGACUAAAGAGAUGCUGUUGCUGAGCAUUCCUUUUGCUUACUCGGGGCUCGAGCUAACAUUCUACAGUGGGGUGUACGGGACAUGUCUAGGGGCCAUGUCUCAAUUUGGAGAAGACGCCAAGGGUCUCAUUGGGCUCUCAGGAAUUUUAAUUGGUGUUGGGGAAAUACUGGGAGGGGGAAUAUUUGGGAUUCUGGACAAGUGUAACCGCUACGGCAGAAACCCAGUGGUGUUUCUUGGGCUCAUUACCCAUUUUGUGGCAUUCUACCUUAUUUUCCUCAACAUAGCAAGUGAUGCUCCUGUGGCUCCAGAGGAAGGCACACAAAUGCGAGCUUACAUGCAGCCUAGCAUCCUUGUGGCGUUGAUAUGCAGUUUCUUGCUGGGCCUGGGUGACAGUUGCUUCAACACUCAGCUUAUCAGUAUUGUGGGUUUAUUGUUCCGGGAAGACAGCGCCCCUGCAUUUGCGGUCUUCAAAUUUGUACAGUCCAUCACAGCUGCCAUAGCCUUCUUCUACAGCAACUACCUGCUCCUACACUGGCAGCUUCUCAUCAUGGUUGUGAUGGGCUUCCUGGGUACGGUAUCUUUCUUCGCGGUGGAGUGGAUAGCUAUUAUCAGUCGACGAAAUACUGAUUAUGACAGUUUUUAAAAGACACAAGUGCCAGAAGUACGAUCUCAGUAUCUCCAGUCAUUACUGAGCAUAUACAGAUGACCUUUGAUGGCCGUUCCUUUAUCUGGUUUAUCCUUCAGCAUUCUAAACUUGGGAAGCACCUGCUCCUAAUAUCCAUUCUUUCUCAAGUGCAUCAGCGUUACACAUUCUGUUUUUUUACUUGCACAUAAAGUUUACUCUUCUAAGGAACUCAAAGUGCUGUAUCUUUAAAAAAUGUUCAUGUUUUAUAUCAUUUGGACUGUGUAACGGUAGUCACUAUCUGCUAUGUCAACUGGAAGACCCAAAACAUCUUUCCUCCAAUAUAAAUAUAGAUUACUUGGAUGUUUUUGAAAGUUUGAGCUACUUUGAAACUUUACUCAACCUCAAAUUGUUUCAAACACAUUAAAAAAAAACAUUAUGCAGCUCCUAUCCAUACAACGUCUAAACAUCCGAAAAUUGCUAAAGAAUGUAAAAGUAGUCAGUAAACUCGGGUUUGUAGACUCACUUUUAUAUGAAAUAUUCUAUGAAUUGAGUUAUUUAAGAUAAAAGUGCAAUGGCAAUAAUUCACUGAGCUGUGGAAUAUAUUUCAAGUGUACACUGUGCUGUAAAUGUACGAUAAGGAUGAGAAACAUCAUUCUUUCACUAACUUUAAUGUAAGUCACUUGACUUCUUAUUUGCAGUCAGUAAAUAGAUUAGGGUUUAUUAUUGUUUAUGUUGUUUUAAUUUUUUUGUUUGCUUUUCUUUUUUUUAAGAGAACAAUUUUGCCAAAGAAUGAAACACUCCCUAGCAAUUUGUUUUAUUUUUGAGUUUUGUCUUUAUUUCUCUGAAGUAAUAUUUGCAUGACUCUGAUUUAAUCAUUAAAAACUAAGACAGAGAUAGAAAAACAUUUGAAUUACAAUUUUAAUGGCUUCUAUAUUAAAAUCAAGUUGACCGCAUGUCAAAAGUAAUAUUUGUAUAUCAGGGAGCCCUUGGUUUAUUCUUUACAAUAUACGUACUGCGACCUCAUCUGCAUGAAGGUAGAAUAUUUACAUGUAUGUUAGUAUUUUUCUGUGUUCUGUUUGUUUAACGGAAACCGUUCAGUUUUACGUUUGUUUCAGGGCAAUCUAUGGGGUGUUAAGGGAAAAUGUGAUGUAAUUACCUGGUCACUUGAAUGUACCUUAUUGUAAAAAUGAUAAUGACACGUUGAAUUUUUUAAAAUAAAUAUAUUUAUAUAAGGGAUUAAAACU